AUGACAAAUAAUAUUUAUACUGAAAUUGUAUUGUCUAUCGCCUUGGUUGUGCGAGAGCAAAAUUUGAAGUCUUCGGAAGCAAAACCAAAUACAACAGGUUCCACAAAAACUCCAUCCACAGUCGCUGUAUUUGAGCAAACUUCUUUAGAGAACCUGUUUUACACGCAUGAUGACAAAAGAAGAUAUAACCAUCUUGAUGUUGGCACUGUUGAAUUUGCAUCAUCAUCUACAUUUGGUAUUGGAAUGAUAACAACGCUUUGUGUAUCCGUGCUGGUGAUUGCUAAUUUUGUCUUCACAUUGUUCUUCUACCGCGCUUGGAAGAAAAAACAAAAAAUACGUCGCAGACAAAGUGGCAUUGAAAGAAAACGUACAUACAAUGUGUUGGAGCAGUCUAGAAAGUCGAAUCAACACCUGUACAACAACAACAUGCCAGAAAAUAUAUCUAGAAGAUCAACAGACGACAUCUACUCUAACGUCACAGAAUCUAUGUCGCUGUCCUCCUCCUGCCGAUCUGAUACUUACAUGACAAUUGAAUCCAAAGACAGGAAUACGUACACGGACAUCAAUUUCUCUGACAGCUUUGUACCACCACUCAGAAAGGAGAAGAGGGACAAUCUCAAAACUCUGACGACGUUAUUUGAAACACAUACCCCUGAAGUUCUACGCACCAUUUCAAAAUUAAAAACUGUAAAAGUUGUUAGUGAGCCAUGA